CAGGGGACAGAGGGAGAAGCAGGAAAACUGCAUCACCAUGAGUGGGAACUAUGCGUCCGCGGCGCCCACGCAGAGGUCCACGUCGUUUUUCAUUGAGGACAUCCUGCUGCAUAAACCCAAGCCGCUGAGAGAGGUGAUGCCCGCGCCUUUCUGCGGCUCCCUGGCUUCCAGGAUGCCCCUCCUGGAGUAUGGAUACCCUCUGAUCCCCACCCCGAUCCUGGCUCCGCACCCGCAUGCUCUGCACAAGCCGGAGCAUCACCAGUACUUUUUCACACCUGGGAUGCAGAUGCCGGCGCUCUUCCAGCAUCACGCGGAGCUGCCGGGGAAACACUGCCGGCGGCGGAAGGCCCGGACCGUCUUCUCCGACUCUCAGCUGUCCGGCCUGGAGAAGCGCUUCGAGAUCCAGCGGUACCUUUCCACGCCGGAGAGAGUGGAGCUGGCCACGGCGCUCAGCCUCUCCGAGACACAGGUGAAAACCUGGUUCCAGAAUCGGCGCAUGAAGCACAAGAAGCAGCUGCGGAAGGCGCAGGAUGAGCGGAAAACUCCCGCAGAGAUGGAGCGCUGCGCAGACAACUCCAGCGGGGAGAGCGAGCUGAACGACAAGAGCGCAGAGGAGCAGAGGAGGCCCGGCCUGGAGGAGGACUCCUUCCUCCUGGAGGACAACGACGAUGACGACGAGGUGGACAUCGAGGACGACAUUUGCUCCUCAGACCAUCUACUAUAGGAGCAGCUGUGGAAGAUUCCUCCUGCCGAGGCAGUGUGAGAUUAUUAUGGUUACUAUUAUUAUUAUUA